CAAUGAAUACCUAUUGUCACUAAAGAGGAUACACAUGUAUCCAUCGACUUACAUUAAUUGCUUUCUUGUGAAUUAGUUUAUUUAUUACCAUUUUAUAAUUUUAUAAACAGCAUCAGUUCGUGUGUAUUGGUUAAUUCAGUGAUUUAUUGAAAUAACAAAUACCAUCUGCAGUGGAUACAAUGACAGUAUGAUUUAUUAAAUUUAGUUUAUUAAUAAAAUAACAUAGAUUUAAAAUUUUACACAAGAAUAAUUUUUUCUUCAUAAGCAGAAGAUUCCUUGAGUAAAGAUCUAAUUGCACAGUUAAAAAUGGGAUUCAAUGCCUUCGAUCCUGACAAAAAAGGAGCUAUUAAAACAGACCAAAUAAGUACAAUUUUCAGUAUGAUGGGAAAGACAAUUGGUGCUGAUAUUCUUAAUGAUGCUAUUGCAGAAGUUGAUCCCUUUGGUGCUGGUGAAUUAGAAUUUGAAGAAUUCUGUACUCUGGCAGCUAAGUUCAUGGAAGAAGAUCAAGAUGAACAAGCAACAGUAGCUGAAUUGAAGGAAGCUUUUAGACUUUAUGACAGAGAAGGAAAUGGUUACAUAAGUACAGAGGUUUUCCGAGAAAUCCUUCACGAAUUAGAUGAAAAUUUGUCUCCUGAAGAAUUAGACAUGAUGAUAGAGGAAAUAGAUGCUGAUGGAUCUGGAACUCUUGAUUUUGAUGAAUUCAUUGAUGCUAUGACAAAAUGAAGGACGAUAUUAUAUAUAUUCUAAUUUUAUAUGUAAAUAUAAAAUCUGCGAAAAUUCAUGAAGACAUCUUUGAAGAUUGUCAGUUAUAAAUACAUACAUAACAAUAUUUUUGUUUGAAUUUAUUUAACUUAAAAAUAAAGAAUGUAAAUAUCAAAACGCGUCAAAAUAAAAAUUCAAUCAUUUCAAAAAA